AUGACUGCAUCUGACUCUGGCGAAGAGCUCAAUGAUGAUAGCUUCAUUGUUGAUAUCGAUAGCAUUCAAGCGCACGGUAUCGGAGCAGCAGACAUCACCAAGCUGAAAGCAAAUGGCUUCUAUACUGUUGCAUCUGUCCACGGCGCCACACGCCGGACUCUCCUGAGAGUUAAGGGCUUUAGCGAAGUGAAAGUCGAAAAGAUCAAGGAAGCCAUCCAGAAAUGCUUGCCCUCUGCCUCAGGCUUUAUCACGGCCAUGGAACUCUUCCACCAACGCAAGAGAGUCGUCCGCAUCUCCACAGGAAGCAAGCAAUUCGACUCGAUCCUCGGCGGCGGCUUCCAAAGCAUGAGCAUAAGCGAAGUCUUUGGCGAGUUCCGCUGCGGCAAAACCCAGCUCUCGCACACAAUGGCCGUCAUGGCGCAACUCCCCCGCUCAAUGGGCGGCGCCGAAGGAAAAGUCGCCUACAUCGACACGGAGGGGACGUUCCGCCCCGAGCGCAUCGCCCAGAUAGCCGAACGCUUCGAGCUGGAGCCGGAUACGGUGCAAGAGAACAUUGCGUAUGCGCGGGCGCUGAACAGCGAGCAUCAGCUUGAGUUGCUGAAUACGCUGAGUCGCGAGUUUGCGGAUGGUGCGUUCCGGUUGCUUAUCAUUGAUAGCAUUAUGAAUUGUUUCCGGGUGGAUUAUUGCGGGCGGGGGGAGUUGGCGGAGCGGCAGCAGAAAUUGAAUCAGUUUCUUAUGAAAUUGGCUCAUAUGGCCGAGGAAUUCAAUGUCUGUGUCUUGAUGACAAACCAAGUCCAGAGUGACCCUGGUGCGAGUGCGCUCUUCGCUGGGGCUGAUGGUCGGAAGCCUGUUGGUGGCCAUGUGCUGGCUCAUGCGUCUACGACUCGCGUGUUGCUCCGGAAGGGCCGAGGGGAGGAGCGGGUGGCCAAGAUUCAAGAUUCACCUGAUUGCCCCGAGAAAGAAGCUAUUUAUAUUAUCACGAACGGAGGCAUCAAUGACCCAGACAAGCUAUAA